CGCAAUAACUAAGAAAUGUUACUGCGCAUUUCUCACAUCUCAAAUAUUUCCAUUUUCCAAGAAUGCGCGUCAUUUAUCUGUCAAAACGACCGUGGCAAAUUUGGACAAAGACAAAAUUUUGCAGUCGCAAUUUGUUUUUAAAUAAAAUGUCUGCAAAUUCGCCUCCCGGAGUGAGUGAUGGUGAGUUUCUGCUGUGUUUGCUGGAAAAGUUAUUAAAGCGCGAUUAUCAAUGUUUAUCUUGGGUUUUAGCGGAAGAACAUAAUGAACCGUCUAACCCGCCAAAUCCGAUUGAAGGUUUAGGUUCUAGAAUCCGCGAUUUAGAUGUUGAUACUAUUCGAAGAUAUUUGGCCCAAAAGCUUGGUUUUUACGAGCCAACCGAGCCAUCUUCAUCAACAGAAAAAGUUUUGGAUGAAGUUACUUUGGAUGGAAUUGUGAAGUGGAUGAAAAAUGAAAAAUGCAAAAAUGUUAUAACUUUAUCUGGAGCGGGAAUUUCUACAUCCGCUGGCAUUCCCGAUUUCCGGAGUCCUGAGACUGGUUUAUAUCACAAUUUACAAAAGUACAAUCUCCCUGAACCACAAGCAAUAUUUGAGAUUAAUUUCUUUCGACAAAAUCCAAAGCCAUUCUUCACUCUCGCAAAGGAAUUGUUUCCAGGAAACUUUAAACCAACAGUUUCACAUUACUUUAUAAAACUAUUGCAUGAAAAAGGAUUACUAUUGCGUCAUUAUACACAAAAUAUUGAUACGCUGGAAAGAGGAGCGGGUAUCCCUGAUGAUAAGAUAGUUGAAGCUCAUGGUACAUUCUACACCUCACAUUGUCUUGACUGCCGAAAGCAAUACUCUCUCGAAUUUAUUAAAGAGCGCAUUUUCGCCGAUGAGAUACCGAUAUGCACAGAAUGUCCAGGCAUUGUGAAACCAGAUAUAGUAUUCUUUGGUGAGAGCCUUCCGGAAAGGUUCCAGAAUUGUUUACAAGAGGAUUUCCAAAAAUGCGACAUGCUCAUCAUCAUGGGAUCAUCACUUGAAGUGCAACCAUUUGCAUCACUAAUUGAUAUGGUGCCAGAAUGGUGUCCUCGUCUUCUCAUCAACCGUGAGAAGGCAGGUAUGAGGUCACCUAUCCUGCGCCUGUGGGGGCUGAUGAGUGGAGGCCUGCAGCUGGACGAGGACUCAGUUAGAGAUGUGGCACGGCUCGGGGAUUGUGAUGAAGGAUGCCAGGAUCUAGCUGACCGACUUGGCUGGGGGGAAGAACUCCGCGCCUUAGUAGCUCGCGAGCACGAGAGGCUAGAGCGAGAGGGCGCGAUCACUAGCCCUCACGCGCCCUCUCUCCCUCACACUGUACCGGAGCCCGUUCCUGGCCAUAGCACUACAGAGCCAAAGCUAUGAAACC